GCGAGCCCGCAGACGCCCUGCACCGCCGCCUGCGCCGCCCGCGAGAGCCCCGGCAGUGCGGCGACCCCCCCCGCGCCGAAGCCCGCCGACACAAAGCCGAGCCAGGGCCCACAGCGGCCGGAGGGCGCGGGGACGGGCCCCCAGACGCCCUCCACCGCCGCCACCGCCGCCCGCUCGAGCCCGGGCAGCGCGGCCACGCCCCCGCCGCGCUCGGCGGCCGAGGACGCCGCGGCCUCUGCGCAGGCCUUCGCGCACGCCUCCGCGCUGGCCUCCGCGCUCGCCGCGGGCCGCAGGCGCAUCGAGGGCGCGCCCGCGGGGGGCGGCGCGGACACCGGCGACUUUGUGGCCACCUCGGCGUGGCGUUGCGACGACGCCUUCGGCGUGGAGGCGGGCGACGUCGUGUACGUGAGCGAGGUGGAGUCCCGCGGGUGGGUGUAUGCCCGGGGGCUGCGCUGCGGUCGCUCGGGGUGGAUGCCCCGCAGCCACUGCCAGCGGCACACCUGGCGGGCCGUGGAGCCCUUCUCGCCCGACCCCGCCAGCGCUAGCAGCAGGGACCUGCUCGCGCUGGAGCCGGGCGACCUCGUCUGGGUGCUCGACCGCCAGCCCAGCGGUUGGGUGUACGGCGAGAAGAGGCUCUUCGACUUGUUCAUCUGCAGCGCCGCCCCCGCCAAGGGCUGGUUCCCUUCGUGGGCCCUCAGCGGCAGCUGA